UUGAGAUAGAAAUGACAAUGAUGAGAGGUAUUUUGGCUGCAAAGAAGAAUCUAACAAGCAAAGCAGCUACGACACCAAAAGGAUUUCUAGCGGUGUAUAUAGGGGAGAGCCAAAAGAAGAGAUAUAUGGUGCUGAUUUCGUUCUUGAAACAGCCUUCAUUCCAAGCUCUGUUGAGUAAGAGGGUUUGGGAUAAUCAUCCCACGGGUGGCUUGACAAUCCCUUGUUCUGAAGAUACUUUCGUCGCUAUAGCUUCUCAGCUGAGAUAGUAGUAGAACCAAACAGAGAAAACAAUUUUGAACUUCCUAUUUUUUUUUUUAACUCGAGAACUAGAAACCAAUGUCAAUACAUACCUUUUUCCUCUUUUCUUAUUGAAGGAGUUG